GAGCUGGGUCAAAGUGUCAAGUGUCAAUAAAUACUGGUUUGGUUUUUGUUUGACGUUGGAAUAAAAUGAAUAAAACAAAAUAAAUACAUUAUACAUGUAUAAUUGUGACAUUUAUAAAAUAACAAGAUUUUGACAACAUUAACAUUUUUAGAAUGUUGAUUGAUGGUUGUUUAAAGUGUUCACACUUCACCCAGUAAAUUUCUUAUUUUUACUCAGUUUACCUGUUAAUAUGGAAAAGUUUGUUGAAGUUGAAACUGACCAAAGGCAGCUUUCCACAUCAAUAGAUCUUGGUAAUUUGAAGAGUGAACCAGGAGCUAUAGAAGUAAAAGCAGAAAUUAGGGAAGAUUUUGUUGAAGAUGAUCCUGUAUAUCUAAUAGAGAGUCAGCUUCCAACCUUAACAGAUCUUGCUGAUUUGAAGAAUGAACCAGAAGAUAACUUUGCUAUGGAAGUAAAAGCUGAAAUUAAGGAAGGUUUUGUUGACGAUGAUCCUGUGUAUCUAGAGAGCCAGCUUUCCACAUCAGCAGAUCUUGGUGAUUUGAAGAGUGAACCAGGAGGCAACUCAACUAUGGAAGUAAAAGUUGACAUUAAGGAAGAUGUUGAAGAUGAUCCUAGAUAUCUAGAGAGUCAGCUGUCCACUGUCCUUGAUCUAGAAGACUUGAAGAAUGAAGCAGAUGAGGAUAACUCAGGUGUUUAUGACGUGGAGGAUAGAUCGCAAAUGAUGAAAACAAUUCCUGUAGGUUUGUGUAAUAACGAAAAACGAAUGGACCAACCUGUUAAAGAAAAAACAUUUAAUUGUGAAAUUUGUUUCAAGCGACUUGCCAAUAGUACAUCAUUAAAAGUACACAUGAGAGUUCACACUGGAGAAAAACCUCACAAGUGCGAAAAUUGUUUUAAGCAAUUUAUUCAAGAAAAUGAUUUGAAAAAACAUUUGAGAGUGCACACUGGAGAAAAACCUCAUAAGUGUGAAAUUUGUUUUAAACAGUUUGGUUUAGCACAUCAUUUGAAAAGACAUUUGACAGUGCACACUGGAGAAAAACCAUACAAGUGCGGAAUUUGUUUUAUGCUGUUGACUGAUGUAACUGAUUUGAAAAACAUCUGGCAGUGCGCACGGGAGAAAUACCUUACAAGUGCGAAAUUUGUUUUAAACAGUUUGCUCAGAGAUGUUCUUUAUAUCAACAUACGAGAGUUCACGCUGAAGAAACAACUUACAAGUGUGAAAUUUGUUUUAAACUAUUCUCCAAAACAUCUAAUUUGAAACAACAUAUGAGAAGAUCGUAUUCUGAUCAAACACCUUAAUCGUUGGAUAAUGAGAAAACUUGAAUAAAUACCUGCGAUUGAUUUUUCUUGCUGAAUACUUAUAUUUAUUCGACAAAUAAAUGAACCUCAGAAAACUUAUUAGAAAAACAAUAAAUUCAUUUAAACGAUAAA